AGAAGCUACUGAUAGCUUCUUCUUCUUCUUCUUCUUGUGGUCAUUUACAGCAAUGGCUUCCUCACUCUCUGCAUUACCUCUCGCUGAUCGAAAUUUUCGCGAAAAGUCUUCUCUUUUGCACUCUUCGUCUUCUCGUUUCGUUCUUAGAGCAAGAGCCGCCGCAAAAGAGGUCCACUUCAACCGUGAUGGCUCUGUCACCAAGAAACUCAAGUUUGGUGCAGGCAGGUGCAGAUAUGGUAGCAAAGCUAUUAGGCGUUACAUUGGGUCCAAAGGGACGAAACGUGGUGUUGCAGAACAAGUAUGGACCUCCCAAGAUCGUCAAUGACGGUGAAACUGUUCUCAAAGAGAUUGAAUUAGAGGAUCCGUUGGAGAAUGUUGGAGUGAAACUUGUGAGGCAAGCAGGUGCUAAGACUAAUGACCUUGCUGGUGAUGGUUCCACUACAUCUAUAGUGCUUGCUCAUGGCCUUAUCACUGAAGGUACUAAGGUGGUUUCUGCUGGGAUAAAUCCAAUCCAAGUUGCUCGUGGUAUUGAUAAAACUGCAAAAGCUCUUGUUUUAGAGCUCAAGUCUAUGUCCAGAGAGAUUGAGGAUCAUGAGCUUGCUGAUGUUGCAGCAGUUAGCGCAGGGAACGACUACGAAGUAGGGAACAUGAUUGCAAAUGCUUUUCAGCAAGUAGGAAGGAGUGGUGUAGUUACGAUAGAGAAAGGCAAAUACCUAGUGAACAAUCUUGAGGUUGUGGAAGGAAUGCAGUUUAAUCGUGGUUACUUAUCUCCUUACUUUGUUACUGAUCGAAGGAAGAGAGAAGUUGAGUUCCAUGAUUGCAAGCUGCUCUUGGUUGAUAAGAAAAUAACAAAUCCAAAAGAUAUGUUCAAGAUACUUGACUCUGCUGUUAAAGAGGAGUUUCCAGUUCUUAUAGUUGCUGAGGAGAUAGAGCAAGACGCUCUUGCUCCUGUUAUUAGGAACAAACUAAAAGGUAACCUGAAGGCGGCAGCUAUUAAAGCUCCUUCGUUUGGAGAGCGGAAGAGCCAUUGCUUGGAUGAUCUUGCUAUCUUAACUGGAGCUACUGUGAUCAGAGAUGAGAUGGGGUUGAGCUUAGAGAAGGCAGGAAAAGAAGUUUUAGGAACAGCAAAAAGGGUUCUCGUAACUAAGGACUCAACACUGAUUGUUACUAAUGGGGACACUCAGAAAGCAGUUGAGGAAAGGGUUUCUCAGAUUAAAAAACUUGUCCAGAACACUGAGGAAAAUUUUCAGAAGAAGAUCCUCAAUGAAAGGAUAGCCAGAUUAUCUGGUGGAAUUGCAUCAAUCCAGGUAGGUGCACAGACGCAAGUUGAGUUGAAGGAUAAACAGCUAAAGGUUGAAGAUGCCCUGAAUGCAACUAAGUCAGCAAUUGAAGAAGGGAUUGUAGUUGGUGGUGGCUGUGCUCUCCUGAGACUGGCUGCUAAAGUAGACAGCAUUAAAGACACCCUAGACAACACAGAACAGAAGAUUGGAGCUGAAAUAUUCAAGAAAGCAUUGAGCUACCCUAUAAGACUUAUAGCCAAAAACGCAGGCACAAAUGGCAAUAUUGUCAUAGAAAAGGUAUUAUUGAACGAAAACAUGAUGUACGGUUACAACGCUGCAAAGAAUCAAUACGAAGAUCUGAUGUUGGCUGGUAUCAUCGAUCCGACCAAGGUUGUGAGAUGUUGCUUGGAACACGCUGCAUCAGUGGCUAAUACGUUUCUGACGUCAGACGCUGUUGUGGUUGAGAUUAAAGAAAACAAACCGAGGCCAAUGAUUAACCCACCAUUGCCUACUUCUCCAGCUGCAUCCUCCAUGUUCCCUGACAGAAACUUGCCAAGAUUACCUCAAAUUAUGCCCAGAACUCGAAACCACUUUCCAAGGAAGUAGGACACCAUCUACUUUUAGAAUAAAAUAAUGUAUAAACGACCAAAUAACAUGAGAAGGUCACGUUUAAUGUUUUCUGAAACUGCGCUAAUCUUUGUUCACCUAGUAAACGUGUCCAAGCUAGAAGCUUCUUCUUCUUCUUGUUAUCACUAAACACGAGAUCUUGUCGUAACGGAGAAUUUUUAAGAGAAUGAUGUGGAUAAGCGUGCAGACAGCGAUGGAUCUAAUCAUCGCCGGAAUCUCUCUGAUGAUCGGAUUAGGAUUCUUCGCUCUCAUCGCCGCCGUCCUUUGUUCCGUGGCCUUCUUCCACCAUGUCAAAGCUACUUCUUGACCAUCAAAAAAGCGAAUCUUUUUCAAACAAAGAUUGAAUCUUUGAGGGAGAGACGAAGGAGCUUCUCAUUGAUUUAGUUGUAAAACAAGAGACAAUUGUAAUCUAUUUAAGCUAAAAAGUUUGUUCAUUUCUUGA